AUACUGAAAAACUCUGAAGAAUUGCGUUGGAAAGGAUUCAUCGCCCUAAAUGCUUUCUCUGGGACUGCUUCGUUGACCACUUUGCUGUUAGUUGCAGUGGAAAGGUGCUACGCCAUUGUUUAUCCCUUUCGUCACAGAGCAUUAAGAACGCGGAUCUACAUAAAUGGUAUUAUCGGGGUGUGGCUUAUGUCCAUACUGAUAGCAUUUAUAAGAUUGUCGCCGAAGGUUUUCUCCAAUUCAGUUGUUACCGUCGCCUCUCCUUGGAUUUUGACAUGUUCGUCUGCAAUUGGCGUGUUCGCUAUUUGCUGUUUGUACAUAGUGAUUUGGAAGUUAUCAAAGAAGGAGGAUCCGCGAAUAUCGCGGGACAAACGCGAGCAGAACAAGAGACUUGCCAAGACCCUGUUUAUUGUAACAGCAACUUCUGUCGUCACGUGGCUGCCAUUUGCUGUUACGUUCGUUUUACCACAUCAUAUAAGAAAUCACUACUACUGCGCCGUACACAGUGCUGGUUGCGUGGGACGUUUUACCCAGUUGGCUAACUCCUUACUAAAUCCGAUGAUUUACUGUUUUCGUAUGCCAGAAUUUAGUAAGAUUGUGAAACAAGAUUUGUUUAGGCGUAGAAGGGCAAAUAUAAUGAAUGUUCAGUCAGGUGAAACGUUUUCAUUGGCGAAUAUGGCAGUUGCUGUUUGUGAAUGAACUUUCAGGUGUCUUUUUGGAUCGAAGGAAACAGGCAACUUGGAAAUAGCAUAUUAUCAUAGCUUUAUGAUGUAGUAAACUGCUUUUAGAAGCGUGCUUAAAUAUGAAUAACCCUUUCCAAAUAAUUUUUUCUUUGCAUGUGUGCAGGCAGUCAGGCCGAUACUGAAAACUUCAUGAUAUGGAGAUACCAAAGAAAAGGUCAAACAAAUGAAAUGUGAAAGUAUUGACUAACUGCGGUGAUCGGAUUGUAUGUAAUCUUAAUACAGUCUUUUUUAACUUCUUUUUAUUUCUACUUCCGCUCAGGAAAAUACAAUAUGAACAAUGGCGGAAUGUACUUUUCGAGACUAUAACUUUGCCUAUUUAAAACUGUUUUCUGCUCUAGGUUAGUUGCCACGAAUGCACAACAUUGCUUUCAUAUUCAAUGCAAACAAUAUCGUUCGAACAACUAUAUAUAUGAUAUUAUGACUUCAAAAGUGCGAACACCCACAUAAGUAAGAUAUCGAGAAAAGAUGUGAAAAUAAUAAUAAAAGUAAGGAAUAUAUUUAUAUUUAAUUAAGAUGAAUGUCAGUUUUCCCCUCACUCUCUUAUCUUGCUUUUUGUACUCUUCUACUUUUUUUUCAUCGCUAUAACAUGUUCUUCGUUCAAAAUUUUGGCGGAAGUUUUUUUUACGACGGAAGAUUUCAAUUGGACUUUCCAGAGCCAAUCUCCGAUUGUCGUGUAAAAUAACAAUUCUAGCUAAAUUAGAUAUCUAUAGCAGUGCAAAAGACUAUCCGAUUUUGUUUUCCUAGGGAAUAAACUGCCGCGCUUUUGUAAUUUUGACAGUGGCUAAAAUUUAGGUCACGCUCAUUAACGAUUCUUCGACGAUAUUUGGCACCACGUGAAAACCAUGGUAUUAAGUGACAGAAGUGUAACAUAUCUCAGUCAACUAAUAAGG